AAGAGCAUUUUGCACGAAGGAAGCCGAGGAAGGAAUCUCGCAAAGGGUUGGGGGGCCAUGUCUCCAGGCAGGAGCAGGAGCAGAGGGGUUGCCUGUCUCUGUGCGGUGGAAGACUCCCAAGCCAUGCAUCACAGAGCAGGGCUCCUUCUGGGGCUUUGGCUGCUACUGGCCUCUGGCCUUGGAGAGCCCGUCCCUGGUUCUGGAGGGGUCACCUUGGCCUUUGUCUUUGAUGUCACGGGCUCCAUGUACGACGACCUGGUGCAGGUGAUGGAUGGAGCAUCCCGGAUCUUGGAGCGGACACUCAGCAGGAGCACAAAAGCCAUUAGCAACUAUGCGCUGAUCCCCUUUCAUGACCCAGAGGUUGGACCAGCGACCGUCACAGCAGAUCCCGAGGAGUUCCAGCGAGAGCUCAGAGGUCUCUACGUGCAGGGCGGAGGGGAUUGCCCGGAGAUGAGCGUCGGAGCCAUCCAGCUGGCUGUGGAGGUCUCGCACCCGGGAUCGUUCAUCUACGUGUUCUCGGAUGCCCGGGCCAAAGACUACAAGCGCAAGCAGGAGUUGCUGCAGCUCCUGCAGCACAAACAGUCCCAGGUUGUGUUCGUGCUAACGGGGGAUUGCGGGGACAGAAGCCACCCUGGGUAUCGAGUGUACGAAGAAAUUGCUGCUACCAGCUCUGGACAGAUAUUCCAUCUGGAUAAACAACAGGUGAAGGAGGUGCUGAAAUGGGUGGAAGAGGCUAUCCAGGCCUCCAAAGUCCACCUGCUGUCCACAGACCACGAGCGGGGGGGAGAGCACACCUGGCUGGUUCCCUUUGACCCCAGUCUGAAGGAAGUCACCAUCUCCGUGAGCGGCCCCGCUCCAGAGAUCGAAAUCAGGGAUCCGGCAGGGAAGAUCCUUCAGAAAGGCCGGGGCCUGGAGGAACACCUCAACAUCCCGAAUUCCGCCAGGGUGCUGACCGUCAAGCCCCACCGGCCGGGCGUGUGGUCAGUCAAGAUCCAGAGCAGUGGCCGCCACUCGGUGAGAAUCACGGGCGUCAGCGCCAUCGAUUUCCGAGCCAGCUUUUCCCCUCAACCUACGUUCGACCUAAACCACCCCAGAGAGCGGCCUGUGCAUGGGCUUCCUAUCUCUGUGCUGAUUAACUGCACUGGCUUGGAGCCUCCGGGGCACCUGAAGGGCGUGGAGCUGUAUGACAGCUCUGGCCAGCCCCUUGUCUCCCUGCCGACGCGGCCUUUGUCCAAUGGCUCCUCCAGCCAGCUCUGGGUGGGACCCCAAUUCCAGGCACCCAAGGGAAGCUUCUUGCUGAAAGUGACUGGGGAAGACCCAGACGGGCACCCAUUGCAGCGUGUGUCGGGAGUCGCCUACACCAGUGUGGUCCCAGGUCUACCCAAAGUGAACAUGCCCAGUAAAAUCCAGGCUUAUCACAAUCAGUCACUGCUGAUCAGCUGCUCUGCCCAGAGCGAGAUCCCCUUCCGACUGAAGCUCAGCCGUGGUGGGGAGAUGCUUGGAAAGGAUCAACUUUUCGCGGAUUCUGGGACCAGCAGCUGGGAGAUCCCCGUGGUUUCCGGAAGCGAUGAAGGUUUUUACGAGUGCACAGCCGUUAGCACAGCCGGGGCAGCGCGAGCUCGCGGCUACCUCUCUGUCACAGAGCCGCCUCCGUACCUGGUGCCCCCCGGGAACAUCACUGCAUUGCCGGGAGAAGGAGUGAUCAUGUCUUGCCCAGUGUCAGGAGACGUUGCUUAUAAUCUGACCUGGAGCCGGGAUGGGAAGGUGCUGCAGCCGGACGAGGGAUGGGUGAGGGUCCUGCGGAACCUCUCGCUGGAGAUUGUCAGCGUUCAGUUGGAUGACGGUGGCCGGUACGAAUGCACUGCAAGCAACGGCCAUGGGACAGCUAAUGCUUCCUUCUGGCUCUUUGUUCAGGAGGCGCCUCGAGUAAGGGUUGCCACAAGCUCGCAGUCGUUCACCAGGGGUGGGAAGGUGAGGCUCAACUGCACGGCGCUGGGCCACCCUGCGCCCCGAAUCUCCUGGAAACGAUGGGACCGUGCCCUGGAAAAGGACGGCAGGUUUUUUAUAGAUGCUCAGGGCACCCUGAUAAUCAAGGAGGCUGUCCCUGAGGAUGCUGGGAAUUAUAGCUGCUUUGCUGCCAGUCGGAUUGGAUGGGAUGAGCAGACAGUAAUCCUACAGUACACAGAAUCUCCCCACGUCGCUGCGGUGAGUCCUGUUGUGCAAGCCCUGCUGGGAGAAGAUGCGAUGCUGGAGUGCCACGUUUCCGGGGUACCCCCUCCCCAGAUCAUAUGGUACAAAGGGGAACAGGAAGUGGCAUCUUCUCCUCCCGGUGCCCAUCGGGCGGUCCUGCAGCUCCAGGCAGUGCAGGAGGAGGAUUCAGGAGAGUACAUCUGCGAGGCCAUCAGUGAGGCGGGGGUCUCCUUUGAUGGCAUCCUGCUGGAAGUUGGCUCUGCCCCUCGGUUUGCAGAACGCCUGCAGGAUGUGUCUGUGGAGAUGGGGAAGAGCAUCAGUCUGGCAUGUCGCGUUGAGGGACAUCCUCCUCCACUGAUUUCGUGGUCCAGACAGGACGGCAAAGCUGUCACUGCCCAGCCUGGUCUGCUCAGCAAUUCCAGCCUUCUGGAGUCUGGUGAACUCUUUAUGGAAAGUGUGUCACUGGAUGACCAAGCCGUCUAUGUCUGCGAAGCACAGAAUGUAUUUGGGAAGAUCCAGGCUGAGGCCAAGCUCACAGUCACCGGACAUGUUGCCCCAGCGAUAGCUGUCAGGGCCCCUGUGAUCCGUGCCCAUGAGGGUCAGCCCGUCUCACUGCCAUGCAUAAUCCUGGCUGGGAAGCCUCUUCCAGACCGACGAUGGCUAAAGGACGGGCAGCCGGUCACGCUGGGCAGCCGCCAUUCCAUACGCACAGAUGGAAGUUUCCAUAUAGACCAGGCCUUCCAGGAGGAUGCUGGGAAAUACACCUGCGUGGUCACUAACGCCAUUGGCUCUCGCAGGCAGAACGUGACUCUUGCCAUCCAUGUUCCGCCCAGCAUUCAGCCUGGUCCUGCCCUCUAUAGCACCAACGAGGGAGUGGCGGUCACCCUGCCGUGUAAUGCCAGUGGAGUUCCCUUCCCCACUGUUACCUGGACAAAGGAACUGGAGCCCCUUUCCUCCCGGAGCCCCCACUACCACAUCCCCAGCGACGGGAGCCUCCUGAUCCCCCUGCCCUCUGCUGGAGAUUCGGGUGUCUACGUCUGCACGGCCACCAACCUGGGGGGCUCCGCCAGCCGGGAAAUCCAGCUCUCUGUCAACACUAAGCCCAGGAUUAGCAGGAACAGCUCACGUGAGUCAACCGGGCCAAUAAGAAUCUUCGCCGUGGUUGGGCAGGAAACGACGCUGCCCUGUGAAGUUCAGGGAUCACCCUCCCCACUGGUCGUAUGGACCCAGGAAACCCGGCCACUGCCUCUCACCACAGCAAGGUACAGCAUCCUCCCUUCAGGCUCCCUCCGAUUGGCUGAGCCCAGGGUGACUGACAACGGCCUUUAUACCUGCACGGCAGUGAACCCAGCUGGGAACUCCUCGCUGAGCUACCGCCUGGAAGUCCAAGUGCCUCCUCGAGUUCAGCCAGGCCCCAAGGUCCUGAAGGUGCUAGUGGGUCACACGCUGGACCUGCCAUGCAUGGCUCAUGGCGAUCCAGUCCCCAAGCUCAGAUGGUCCAAGGAUGGCAGCCCGCUGAGGGUGGGCGACCAGGAUUUCCUGGAGGGGCCCGAUGGGACGAUCAACAUCCUGGACGUGCGGGUCUCCGAUUCGGGGCGGUACCGGUGUAUUGCAGCCAGCAGCGCUGGAGAAGACACCAUUGAGUUCGUGGUGGAGGUGCUGGAGCCGCCCUACCUGGAUGACAGUGCAGAUGUCCUGCUAGAACGAGUGCUCCAUGAGAACGUCACCCUGCCCUGCCCCGCCAAAGGCAUGCCGAAGCCGGCCGUCCUCUGGCUAAAGAACUCUGCCGAGCUCCUGGGCAGCUUACCGGGCUCCUCGGUGCUGGACGAGGGCUCUUUGGUGAUUGGCUCUGUGCUGCCCAGCGACAGCGGAGAGUACACCUGCCUGGCGACCAACGAGGCGGGCUCUGUGCAGAGGAGAACCAAGCUCGUGGUUUACGCACCCCCUGAGCUGAGAGGUGACGGCCCCAGGAGGAACGUCUCCAUCCUGGCCGGCCAGCCCCUGACUCUGGAUUGUGAUGUUUCUGGCAUCCCAGCCCCUACAGUCACCUGGUACAAGGAUGGGCAAUUGCUCACGGAGAGUGGCAGCCUCCAUUUCCUCAGUGGAGCCCAGUCCAUCAGGGUCCACGAGGUGCGGAAGGAGGAUGCGGGGUCCUACACCUGCAAAGCUGUGAACAGGGUUGGUGAGGUGCAAAGACACUUCCACGUCCUUGUUCUAGUCUCACCUGUGGUGUACGGCUUGGGGUCGCCCCAUGAGGUGUCGGUGCUGGCGGGCUCUGAGGUGGAGCUGGCGUGUCGGACCACGGGCGUGCCGCCUCCCCAGGUGGAGUGGAUGAAGGAUGGACAGCCUCUUGCCCCGAUGAACUCCCAGAUCCAGCUCUUGGAGCAGAGACAGGUGUUGAGGAUCCAGGCCAGCCAGCUGAGGGACCAAGGGAAGUACCAGUGCCUGGCCUUCAACCAGGCUGGCCAGCAAACCAAGACUUUCCAACUGCACGUUUACACCCCACCCACUAUCCUGGGGUCCAGCGAAAGGCUGCAAGUCGUGGGCCUGUUCAACCGCCCCGUCGGGCUGCAGUGUGAGGCUCGGGGCUCGCCGGCUCCCAGCAUCACCUGGUUCAAAGACAAGCGGCCCAUCGUCUCCAGCGCCCGGGCAGCCUACGCCGAGGGGGGGAGGAGCCUCCAGCUGAGCCGGGCCCAGCUGUCCGACGCAGGGCUCUACACCUGCCGGGCCACCAACGUUGCAGGGGUGGCAGAGAAGGCUGUGAGGCUGGAGGUGUAUGUGCCACCCGAUAUUGAAGGCGACAGCCAAGGAGGCCAGACGGUGGAAGCAGUGGUGGGCCAGCUGUUGGCCUUGGAGUGCUCAGCCAGCGGCCAGCCCCCGCCUGCCCUCUCCUGGCUCAAAGACGGCCUCCCGCUGGCCGAAAGCAAUGGGACGCAGAUCCUAGGAGGCGGCACGAUGCUGAGGAUCGAGAGUGUCUCGGAAGGCUCAGGGGGGACCUACACCUGCUUAGCCAGUAGCCCGGCAGGGGAGAGAGCAAUCCAGUAUUUGGUGGUGGUUCAGGCUCCUCCUCAGCUGAUGAUUGGCGAGGGGGAAGGUCAUGUGAUAGCAAUUGUGAAUGACUCCCUGAGGCUUCCCUGCCAUGCCAGAGGCUUCCCUGCCCCCAGGGUCCAGUGGCUGAAGAACGGCCAGCCAAUCGGAGAGCUGGAUGGGGUGGUGAUGCCGGAGGACGGAAGGAUGCUUUGGAUUCCCCGUGUGAGGCCCCGUGACGGAGGGCUCUAUGCCUGCGAAGCCGGCAGCGAGGCGGGCGGAGCCAGAGCAGAGGUGCGGGUGUCAGUGCAAGAACGCCCGUCGGUCCAUGUUGUGGGCGGAGAGGAGCUCAGCGUUGCCUUUCGUCACUCGGUGGCUGUUCAGUGCCUGGCCACCGGCAUCCCCGUGCCCAGCCUCAGCUGGUGGAAGGAUGGAAUUGUUCUGCAGGGAACAGGCAGCCUUCUGCGGAUCGAGAAGGUGGACGUGGUGGACGAAGGCGUUUACUCGUGUGUGGCCACGAACCCUGCAGGGAAAGGGAGGCGAGACGUGAGACUGAAGGUGCUGGUGCCUCCGAACAUUGAACCCGGAGAGGUGAACCAGACCGUCCCUGAGAACUUCCCAGCAGCCUUUGAGUGCCUGGCCUCUGGAAUGCCCACUCCGAACGUGUCCUGGUACAAGGGGCCCCGGCUUCUCUCGGCCAGUCCAGACCUUGUCCUGUCGGGCGAUGGGAGGCGCCUGCAGAUCGAGCGGGCUCAGGUCUCGGACGCGGGGAGCUAUCGCUGCGUGGCAUCCAGUGUGGCGGGCAGCAGCGAACUCCAUUACAGCCUACAGGUGACUGUGCCUCCCCAAAUCACCUCCGGCCCCAGCCUUGUCACUGCGUUGCUGAGCGAGCGGGUGGAGCUGACGUGUGAGGCUGCAGGGAUCCCUGCCCCCACGCUGGUGUGGCUGAAAGACGGCAAUCCUGUUUCCAGCACGGUGCCUGGGGGACCACAGAUCCUGUCUGGGGGACGCAUCCUCUCCCUGGCCAGCGCACACCUCUCGGACGCGGGGACGUACUCCUGUGUGGCCAUCAGUGCCGUGGGAGAGGAUCGGUGGGAUGCUGUGCUGCGGGUGCAAGUGCCCCCAAAUGUCCUUGGUGAGGAGCUAAAUAUCUCAGUCAUAUUCAAUCGGUCUGUGACCCUGGAAUGCCAGCACCACACAGCCCCCUCUCCCGUACUCCGCUGGCUGAAGGACGGGCGCCCUCUCCCACAGGACCCCCGAGCCCGACUCUCUGCGGACGGGGCCAUUCUCCAGAUUGAGCACGCUCAGGCGCGAGAUGCAGGGAGAUACACGUGUGAGGUGUCGAGCCGCUUGGGCCAGGCGGAGACGCACUACAACCUCAAUGUCUGGGUUCCCCCCUCGUUCUCCUCGGAAGAGCCUGCUGCCCUGUCUGUGAUGGAGGGACAGUCCAUCAGCCUGUCCUGCGAGUGCAGCGGGAUCCCCUUCCCCACCCUCACCUGGGAGAAAGACGGUACGCCCCUUGCCAUGGAGCUCGGGCGCCCCGAACGUAUCUCCGCAGGAGGGAGGCUGCUGUACAUUGGGAAGGUGCAGAUGGCAGAUGAGGGAUCUUACACCUGUGAGUGCAGCAACGUGGCUGGCAGCAGCAGAAGGGAGCACCGGCUGGAGGUGGACGUUCUGCCAGUGAUCAAAGGCAGCGGCGAAGCCCCAAAGAAGAUUUCCGUGGCCAAGGCUGGUGAGAUUACACUAGAAUGUGAAGUCGGGGGAUCACCGCAGCCAACAGUCACAUGGAUGAAAGAUGGGCAGCCUGUGGUGAAUGGGGAAGCGCUUCUUCUUCAGGACCAGGGGUGGAAGCUGCAUAUUCAGAGGGCGCAGGUCACCCAUGCGGGCCGCUACACGUGCCUAGCAGCGAAUGCAGUUGGACAGGUGCAGAGGACAUUUGAUCUUGCUGUGCAUGUUCCCCCUGAGCUCAUUAGGGGAGUAGGGUCAGUGACCAAUGUCACUGUCUCUUUGCAUGGCGCCCUAACUCUGAUCUGUGAGGCCUCGGGCACCCCGCCCCCAGCAGUCAGCUGGUCCUGGGAGAACUCGCCCAUCAUCCCCAGCGAGCGCACACGCCUGUUGUCAGGUGGAUGGAUUCUGAGGCUAACGCGCAUGCGAGCCCAAGACGGAGGCCUCUAUUCCUGCAUAGCUAGCAAUGUAGCUGGGGAAGCUAGGAAGGAUUUCAGUGUGGAGGUCCUAGUUCCUCCCAGCAUCGAGAACGCGGGCGAGGAAGACAGAGUUCAAGUGCCUGAGGGUCGGUCGGUCAGCUGGUCCUGCGUAGCCGCAGGCAAUCCCAAGCCGGAGAUCACUUGGUUAAAAGAUGGCAGCCCUUUGCUUAGCAGAGACGCCUAUUACAUAUCCCCAGACGGAUCUGUCUUGCAGAUAAACCAAACCACCCUUUCCAGCGCUGGCCGCUACUCCUGCGUGGCCUCCAAUGCCGUGGCUGAUCAAACCAAACACUAUCUGCUAAGUGUUCUAGUUAGUCCCACGUUUCCUGGGGCGAGCCACGAGGGUGCCACAGACGAUGUUACCGUAGUGAUCAAUAACCCAGUAUCCCUGCCCUGUGAGGCCCUGGCCUACUCUUCCCCCACCAUCACCUGGCUGAAGGACGAGAUUCCUUUCCAAGCUUCCACAAACGUCCGGUUGCUCCCUGGUGGCCGGGGGCUUCAGAUUCUGAACGCCCAGGAAGCGGAUGCUGGCAGGUACACCUGCAUCGUCACCAAUGAGCUCGGGGAGGCUGUGAAGAGCUAUGAAGUGAGGGUCCUUGUUCCUCCUCGGAUUGCCAAAGAUCUUGCUUUGGGGGAAUUUGCCGUGAAGGAGGUGAAAACCAAGGUCAACAGCACUCUGACGCUGGAGUGUGAGUCCUGGGCUGUGCCCGAGCCGACCAUACAGUGGUACAAGGAUGGGCAGCUCUUGGAGAGUGACAGCCAUCUCCAGGUUCUCAGCGAGGGGCAGCUUCUUCGGAUCAGACGCGCCCGUGUCUCGGAUUCGGGGCGCUACACCUGCAUCGCCACCAACCCGGUGGGCGAAGACGAUAAGGACUUCAGCGUGCAGAUUCAAGUGCCCCCCCUGUUCCAGAGGCAGGGAAAUCCCAGCACAGCCUUCCAGAUCCGCUACCAGGAGGAAGACCAGGACGGAAAGGUGACGGAGCACCGGGGGGUGACCGUCAACAGCCCGGCUUCCCUGUACUGUGACACGAAUGCCAUCCCGCCCCCGAAGCUCACCUGGUACAAGGAUGGAGAGCCCCUCUCUGCUGCGGAGGGGAUUUUAGUACUGCUAGGGGGACGUAUCCUGCAGAUCCCUGCGGUCAGAGCCGAGGAUGCUGGGAGGUACACGUGCCAGGCAGCCAAUGAGGCAGGAGAGGACUGGCUGCACUACGAGCUGCUGGUGCUGUCUGCCCCCGUUAUCCAGGGGAACACGGAGGAGUUGGUAGAAGAGGUGACAGUGAUUGCAAACAGCACAGCCCACAUGAAGUGCGAAGUCACUGGGGACCCAGCGCCUGCAAUUACCUGGCUCCGCAAUGACAUGCCCUUCACCACCAGCCCCCGGCACCAGCUCCUGGAGGACGGCAGGCUCCUGCAGGUGGCUUCAGUACAGGUGACAGACACUGGCAGCUACUACGUGUGUGUGGCAGAGAAUCGGGAGGGCUCUACAGAGAAGCGCUUUGCUCUCACAGUUCUGGUUCCACCAAGGAUAGCGGGAGCAAACCCCGAAAGCAUCACGGCUGUCGUCGAUAGCAGCCUCUCCCUGACAUGCCACGUCCAAUCACAUCCUGCUGCCAAGAUCACAUGGUACAAGGAUGGCCAAACCCUGCCGCUCAGCGAGGAGGUUCUCCUCAUCCCAGGUUCUCAGAUCCUACAGAUCCCUCGAGUGCGGAUUUCCACUGGGGGGAAGUACACGUGUGUGGCGCUGAAUGCAGCCGGCAGAGAUGAGAAGCUCUUUCUUCUCCGUGUUUAUGUUCCCCCCACCAUCACGCAGCCCCCUGGAGGCCAGCAGGAGGCCGUGAUGGUGCGUGCCGGAGAGACUGCUGUUUUACAAUGUGAGGCUGAUGCUCUGCCGGAGCCUGUGGUAACCUGGUACAAGAACGGGCACCAGCUGGCACUAGGGAAUGGGGCUCGGACCCUGCUGAGAGGGCAGAGGCUGGAGAUUGACAACGCCCAGGUGUCGGAUAAAGGGAUCUACAGCUGCAAAGUCACCAAUGUGGCAGGGGAGGCAGAACAAACCUUCACGCUCACCGUCCAAGCCCCCCCGACCAUCGAGAACCCACGCCAGGAGACGGUCUACGGAGCUGUGGGGAGUCUCCUCAUUCUGACCUGCGAGGCGGUCGGUGUUCCCCCUCCUGCCAUCACCUGGCUGAAAGAUGGGGCCCUGCUUGAGAGCAGUGUGGAGCAGGGAGUGGUGUCCCGAGGCGGGCAGCUGCAGAUCAGCCGCUUGCAGCCUUUCCACGUGGGCCGAUACACCUGCCUGGCACAAAGCCUUGAAGCAGAGGCACGCAAAGACUUCAUCGUCUCGGUGCAAGCGGUGCCCCGGAUCCUGAGCGCAGGCAUCCCCAGUGAGCACAGCGUGCUGGAGGGCACCGGGGUGAAGCUGGAGUGUGAAGUGGAAGGACAGCCGGCUCCAGAAGUCACGUGGCUGAAGGACGGGAGCCCACUGGAACUGCCUGCUGCCCCUCACCUCCGGUUGUCUCCUGAUGGCAGCUCCUUGCUCCUCAAGGGGCUGCGGACGUCUGACUCAGGGGCAUACACCUGCCUGGCUCAGAACAGGGCCGGAGAGGACAUCAAGUUCCACAUGCUGAACGUCCUGGUUCCCCCUACUAUCGAGCGAGGGGCCAACAACUCUGAGGUCAUCAGCAGCGCCCCCUUGGGGUUGGUUACCAUGGAGUGCCAAGCACGGGGCUCCCCUCCCUUACAGAUCAGCUGGCUGAGGGACGGACUGCCCCUCCCUCUCUCCCACCGGGUGAGGCUGCUUUCCGCAGGACGUACCCUCAGGAUCUCUCCGGUGCAGGACUUGGAUACUGGCAUCUACACCUGCGUUGCGUCCAGCCGGGCAGGAGUAGCAGAGCGAAGCUUCAUCCUGCAGAUCCAGGUGCCUCCAGCCCUAGAGCCCUCGGGGAGCAGCGAGGCCGUGACCGCAGUGACUGACUCUGCCGUGACCUUCACCUGUGCAGCCAGCGGGUCGCCGCUGCCCACUCUGACCUGGCUGAAGGAUGGCGAGCCCCUGAUUCUGCAAAACAACCUGGUGCCCAAUGGCCCGGGCACAAGGCUGUACCUGGAGUCGGUGCAGCCGGCCGAUUCGGGCGUUUACUCCUGUGUGGCUGGGAACAAGGCCGGGGAAGUGAGCAAACACUUCCACCUCUCCGUCGUGGAGCCCCCGCGCAUUGAGGAUUUGGCCCAGCCCAUGGAGGUGGCCGCCGCCAUUGGGGCUCCCUUAGAAUUGCUGUGCACUGCAGCUGGAGUCCCCGCCCCCAGCGUCACCUGGGAGAAGGAUGGCCGGCUGCUAGCCAGGCCCGGGAUCGUGGCCAGGAACGGGAGCUCCCUGCGGAUAGAGAGCGUGCAGGCGGACGAUGCCGGCUUGUACACCUGCCUGGCUGCCAGUCCUGCUGGGGAGGAUGGCAAGAGCUUCUGGGUCAAGACACAAGCGCCUGCGAACGUUCGGGACUCCAGUGAGACGCGCUUUGUCACCGCGCUGGCCGGCGGGCAGCUCUCCCUGGAGUGCCCUGCGGACACUCACCCGCCGCCCCGCAUCGAGUGGCACCGAGGGGGAUCCCUGCUGCAGGAGGAUGCCCACGUGCGGUUUCUGGCCCAGGGGCGUUUCCUUCAGAUCCAGGCCUUGGGAGCGCCUGACGGCGGAGAAUACAGCUGCACGGCGAGCAACGCGCUGGGGAGAACCAGCCUGAACUUCCACGUGGAGAUCCAGACUGCCCCUGUGAUAAAGCCGGGCCCCUUGACUGUGAGCGCCACUGUGAACGCGUCAGCUCUGCUGCCCUGCGAGUCGGAGGGGCGGCCCACGCCCCAGCGCACGUGGAGGAAGGAUGGCCGGCUCCUGCUGCCUGCUGGGAACCCCAGGUUGGAGCUCCUGUCAGACGGCUCCCUGAGAAUAAACCCGGUUCAGGUCCAGGACACGGGACAUUACCUCUGCGUGGCAUCUAACCCUGCUGGGUCUGACCGACGAGGCCUGGACCUCCGAGUCCUAGUCCUUCCUGCCAUUGCUCCGGGGCCCUCCAACCUGACCCUGACGGCCCACAGCCCGGCCUCGCUCGCUUGCGAAGCUACUGGCCUCCCCAAACCCCACGUGACCUGGAAGAAAAACGGGCACCUCCUGAACGUGGACCUUCCGCAGAGCCCAUACAGGUUACUGUCCUCUGGCUCCUUGCUGAUUGCCAGCCCCAGCCUCCAGGACACGGCGCAGUUUGAGUGCAUCGUAACGAACCCUGCCGGAGAGGCUCGCAGGCUCUUUGCAGUCGCUGUGCGGGUCCCUCCCACGAUUGCCGACGACCAUACCGACUUCACAGCCACCAGGAUGUCCCCAGUGGUUCUGACCUGCUAUGCCUCUGGGGUGCCGGCACCAGCUGUGUCCUGGAGCAAAGAUGGAGCCCAGCUGGGAAACCGAGGCAGUGGCUAUCGCGUCUUGCCGACAGGUGCUUUGGAGAUCAGCCGUGCUCUGCCGAUUCACGCCGGGCGCUACACCUGCACGGCAAGGAACGCUGCUGGCGUGGCACACAAGCAUCUCCUCCUGACAGUGCAAGAGGCCCCGGUGGUGAAGCCCCUGCCUAGCAUGGUGCAGGUGCGGGUCAAUGCUGGUGUGAUCUUGCCCUGCGAGGCGUCUGGGAUCCCCCGCCCGGUGGUCACGUGGCAGAAAGAAGGGAUGAGUAUCCCAGCAGGAGCCGGUUUCAAGGUGCUCCCCAAUGGGCAUCUGCAUCUGUCCCGGGCCUCUGUGGAGGAUGCUGGGGUUUACCUGUGUGUGGCUCAGAACCCCUCGGGCACAGCGCUGGGGAAAACCAGACUGAUCGUGCAAGUGCCUCCAGUCAUUGAGGCCAGCCGGCCAGAGCUGUCCAUCCUGGAGGGCUCGCAAGUUCUCCUGCCCUGUGCAGCUCGGGGAGUCCCUGAGCCCAGACUCACGUGGUCCAAAGACGGGGUCCCGGUGCCAGGGAGGGAGGGGAAAUUCACCUUGCUGCCGUCCGGGGAGCUGAUGGUGAAGGACUCCCAGGGUGGGGAUGCCGGAACGUACACCUGCACUGCAGAAAACUCUGCUGGGAAAGCCACGCUGCAGCUCCAGCUCACCGUCCACGUCCCUCCCACCUUCACAGAGCAGCCAAGGGACCGGACGCUGAACAGGGGCGAGAGGCUGAUCCUUGGCUGCGUGGCGAAGGGGAACCCGAUGCCCCGCAUCACCUGGACGGUCAACAACAAACCGGUCAGAGCGGGCAUCUGGGAGCAGGGCGGGCAGAGCACCCUGCAGAGAGAGGCCGUCACCAAGGAGGACACUGGCACCUACGCCUGCGUGGCCGAGAACGGUGUGGGCAGCGUCAAGGCCGUCGCGUUCGUCUAUGUGAAAGAGGCUCCGGUCCUCCGUGGCGAAGUCAGCGCCUACCAGGUGGAGCCCCUCGGGGGCAACGCCCUCCUGAACUGUGAAGCCCACAGCGACCCUGCCCCAGUUAUCCACUGGAAUAAAAACGGGCUCCCGGUGCUGGGCAGCCCCCACCUGCGCCAGCUCCAGAACGGCUCGCUGGCCAUCUACGGGACGGUGAGCGACGACGCGGGGCGUUACAAGUGCGUGGCGGAGAAUGAGGUGGGCACGGUGGAGAAGGUGGUCACCCUCGCCCUGCGGAGUGCCCCUGUGUUUAGUGUGAAACCUCAAGACGUGGCUGUGAGUGCUGGGGAGAGGGCGCUACUUCACUGCCAGGCUACUGGAGAGCCAGCCCCCACAGUGGAGUGGACCCGGGAAGAGAAACCCCUCCAGGAGAACCACCGAGUCCAGAUCCUAGCCAACUCCACGCUGCUGAUCAGUGCCAUGGAGGAGGCGGACGCGGGACUGUACGAGUGUGUUGCACGCAAUCUGAUGGGAUCCUCCGUCGUCCAGGCCUUCCUGACGAUGCGAGGAGAGCCCCUCAGAGUCCGGGGCAGUCUGAUCGGCAUCAUUAACGACCGAGAAUUUGGCAUUGCCUCUCUGAACGCCAGCGUGAUGGAGGAUCCCCGCUCCGGCACGGCCACCAUACGGAGCAGGAUCGGGAAUAUCCCACCAGCUGUCGGGCCGCUGAUGAGAGUCCUGGUCACCAUCAUUGCUCCGAUCUACUGGUCCUUUGCGCGUCAGAGUGGCAGUGCCAGGAACGGCUUCUCGCUGACCAGCGGCGUCUUCAGGCAGGAGUCGCAGGUGGAGUUUGCCACAGGGGAGCUCCUCCGGAUCACGCACGUUGCCCGAGGCCUGGAUGCAGGCGGGGCGCUUCUCUUCGACGUCGUGGUCAACGGGUUUGUGCCAGAGAGCAUCGCUGAGGCUGCUGUGCUUUUCCAGGAUUUCAGCGAGCGCUACGUGCAGACGGGGGCCGGGCAGCUGCACGUGGAGUCUGUGCAGAGCUACUUGCAAGACGGGCUCCCGGUUCAGAUCCGCUGCAACCACAGCAUAGAGUACGACGCUGCUCUGGGCCAGCAGCCUUCCCUGGUGCAGCACGUCCAGGCGAGGGCCGUCAAAUCCUCCUUCAACCCGGCCUCUGAGGAGCUCCUCUUCCAGCUCAGCUCCUCCCUCCGCGCAGAGGCGAACGGAGAGCAGUGCCCGCAGGGGUUUGCACUGGGCCCGCAGCAGCUGUACUGCAUAGAUCAGAACGAGUGUGCGGCUGCGAAGAGCCCUUGUUCCCAUGCCUGCCACAACUCCGUGGGCAGCUUCUCCUGCACCUGUCCCGCUGGAUACGCCCUGGCGCCGGAUGGCAGGGAGUGCAGAGACGUGGACGAGUGUGCGCAGGGCACCCAUGCCUGCCGCCCGGAGCAGCAGUGUGCGAACCUGGCGGGGGCCUAUCGGUGUCUGAUGCGCUGCGGGGCUGGCUUCCGGCUGGCUGUGGAUGGAGUGGGGUGUGAAGAUCUGGACGAGUGCGCGGAGGGAUCCCACGCCUGUCGCUACAACCAGAUCUGUGAGAACACGGUCGGCGGGCACCGUUGCACGUGUCCCCGCGGUUACAGGACCCAGGACACCAGUCGACCCUGCUUGGACAUAAACGAAUGCCAGCGGGUACCUCCGCCAUGUGCUUUCCAGUGCCACAACCUCCAGGGCAGUUACAAAUGCCUGUGCCCGCCUGGGGAGACCUUACGUGGGGAUGGCAAGUCGUGCACUGGGCCGGAGAAGGCCGGAGGGAACGUGACGCGUGUCAGCAACAGAGGGACCCGUCUGCAGUGGCUCAGACCAAGUGGCCGAUCGCCCGGGGGAGGCUAUUACACCUGGCUCUCCUUCGGCCAGUCUGGUAACGCCCUGAGCCCCAGCAGCCAGGCCCAGUGCCCGUCGGGAUUCACCAGGCGCAAUGGACUUUGCACUGACCUUGACGAAUGUCAGGUGCGGAACCUGUGCCAACACGAGUGCAGGAACACAGAGGGCAGCUACCAGUGCUUGUGCCCGGCCGGCUACCGGCUGCUGCCCAAUGGGAAAACCUGCCGGGACAUAGAUGAAUGUGCAGAGGGGAGGAUUCAGUGCAGCCCGAACCAGCUGUGCUUUAACACGCGGGGAGGCUCCCAGUGCCUGGACACGCCCUGCCCCGCCGGCUACAGGAGAGGCUCCAGCCCAGGAGUGUGCUUCCGCCGCAGCUCAGGAGGCCCCUUCACCCUGCAGUACGAGCUGCUCACGCUGCCCUUUGGCAUCCCGGCUGGCCACGACGUUGUCCAGCUCACCGCCUCUUCUCAGGGGAGCCUCCUGCAGAACCGCACCGUCUUCACUCUGCUGGAACAGGACCCGGGCAGCCCCUUCGCCCUCCGGGACGAGAGAGGCCAGGGCAUCCUCUCCACGCUGCGCCCACUCCACGCUGCCGGCGUCUAUCGGCUGAAGGUGCAGGCCCUGGCCCAUGGCGAGCAGCGGGCAUGGAGCGUCUUCCUCAUCCUCAUUUCCGUCUCACCCUACCCCUACUAAUGGCAGCCAGGGGGCGCUGGGAAUGGGCAGAGAAAGGGGGAAGGUGCUGAUCCCACGCCCCAAACCCCACCAGACAUUGUCUCCUUCCCCUUCUGUUCCUGAUUCCAUCUCCCGUAGGGGGCAUCAGCUCAGUCUGAGAUGAGCUUCUCCCUUUGUCCCCUGUGUGUCUCCCUGGGAUCCCCAAGCCCUGUUGCCUGCCAUCAGCUCAGUGCCCUGCCAGAGGUUCCCCCUGAUCCUGUAAAACUCCCCUCCCUUGGCUCUCAGCUAGGGUUGCCAACCCUCCUGGAUUGUCCCGGAGUCUCCAGGAAUUCAAGAUUAAUCUUUAAUUUCAAGACUGUGUCAUGUGAUGAAACCUCCAGCAAUACGUCCAACCAAAAUUGGCAACCCUACUCCCAGCCGUAUGGCUCAAUCCCUUUGUGAGCUAAAUUGCCUUGACCCCGUGGGAUGGUGCCAAGGCAGUUUGGAGGCCCGCAAAUGCUGACCUCUCAUUGUCUGGACUUUGCACCCAUCGCUUCACUUACUAGCUCCGCAGAGGAGCAUGUGCUUGAGGCACUGGUUCAUGCAGUGUCCUGCAGUGCUCCGCUGUGGUGGAGGGGUGAGGGGCGUAAACAUCAGAUGCUAUUGGCACUAGUCUCUUGCAACAUGGGGCUGGCCUUGGGCCUGCUAUCACAUGCGGCUUUUAAGCAAACAGUGCUGCCUGCGUGGUCUUGAGGUCAAUCAGAGCUGAGAUACCGAGAACCUGGGAGGGGAAACCACCAAGCGGCUGUUAGUCUCCUUGGCUUUUGGCUCUCGGGUGGAAUCACGAAGCCUGUGACUCGCCUGAGAUAGACACUGGAGACACCGGGCCAUUACUCUUCUUUUCCAUUUGUAUCGGGGUAGCACCUAGAGACCCCAUCUGAGAUCACAGCCCCAUUGCUCAAGGGUGGGAGAGGAAAUGGAGGCCCAGAGAGGUCACCAGCAGGUCAGUGCCCAGGUCUCCUGAGUCCCCAUCCAGUGCCCUGUCCAUGCAUUGAAUGCUCAGGUUCGUACUCCCCGGAGAGCUGAGAUGCACAUUUCAGCCUUGCCAACGGUGCAGAGGUUUGCUAGCGUUGCACAGGUCCCGGAGCCAUCUCGAGGCCAAGCACACACUGUGCAGUGUUGGGUGAGGCAGAUGUUUAAAAAGCCUCCGAGCUGAUGUAGCAGGGCUGGGAAGGGAGUUCCAGGGCUGAAGGGUUGGUUGGUAACCACAUAUUAAAAGGUUAGUUCCCUCGUGUUCAGUCUUUGUUAUAAUCAAACUGGUUUCUCGGCACACUUAUUUAUUUCUGGUUUUGUACCAAAUAAAGAUGAUUU